CCAGCGAUCGUGCCUCAGUACAGCCAGUAGUGUCAUAAGUAAAGUUGCUGUUGGGUUGUCAGUAAAUGUUCUGAUUUGUUUUAUAUAUAUAUACAUAUAUAUAUAUAUAUCGUACAGUAUGAAUAAUGUUUUUGUGUUACUGUUUUUAUUUAUUACAUUAAUAGAAAUUGGAUGUAGUACACAAAGAACUUUACGAUCAUGGCUGAAUUAUGACUGUGACACGAAAUGUAAAGACAAAAAUUUAACAACAGUUUAUCUAAGAGCUGAUGGCCCUAAUGACACUUUACAUUAUUUAUGGGAUUUUGAUGGUAAUCCAUCAGUAUUCUUAGCCCUUACUUUACCUUCAGCUUCAUUAAACAUAAGCUGGGAAGAUUUUUUUAUUAAAAGAAAAAAUUCCAUAAAAUUUACAGAAGAACCUAUUUAUACUUUUGGAGUAAUUUUUAAUAAGAUUAUAGAAUUCAAUGAUAAAAAUGAUACAGCAAUGAUGAAUAUUACUAAUAUUGUAGACACAAAUGUUAUACAUCCUAUGUUUUUUCAAUGGGAUCGAAAAGCUUUAAUACAAAAUACUGAAUUUGUUACAUUAAAUAUGGAGGGUAACUAUUAUAAUGAUAGUAUUAUGAAUAUCAGUAGAUAUGGAACUGUAAAACUUUCGUUGAUAGGAUUUUGUUCUCUUGAUCAUUCAGAAGUUAUGCCUCAUAUGUUACAUACUGAGAAUUCUACUCAAAUUGAUAUUAUUCUUCAAAAUAUAGAAACUAACAAAACUUUUACUAAUAGUAGAUUUGCAAUUGAAUUAUUGGUGGCAGGUGAAGGCAAUCCUGAUAUUCCUAUGUUUAUUAAUCCAAAAAAAAGUUUAGAUGAUGAACAUACACCUGGAAUAUUUGAAGUUGUUGAAGUCAGAACACCACCUUAUAAAAGUAUGGACAACUACCAAACAGAGGGAGCUUAUUUGCAAUGGAGACCAAUUUCUUACACAACUAUAUCUAGAGAUACAACAAAUUCUACAGAAACAAUGCAAUAUUCACCAUUGAAAGUAUCUAAUCAUACAAGUGCUAUUAUGAAUUCCAUGUUAUAUUGUUAUUAUGGAGAUAAAAUUGACAAUUUGCUCACUCAAAGAAUUAUUGUAUCAUUAGGAACAAAAGGAGAUGGGUUUUAUAAAAAAACAUAUUAUUCUACAUGGACAUUCUUGAUUGGAUAUGGUACACCUCCUGAUGAACAAUUUUCUUAUUUAGUAAUUAUGAUUAUUUCAAUUGGUCUUGGCCUUCCGCUAAUUAUUUUAUUAAUAAUCGGCUUAUAUCUUUGUAUUUCCAAAUUACCGAAACGAAAUAGUGAGAUGUAUUUAAGUCAGUAAAAAUAUGAUUUAUAAAUCGUA